AAAAUAUUGAUGUGAUCUAUGUUUACAUGUUAUUAACGUAAUUUUCACCACAUAUGUGAUAAAUUUGCAGUAUGUAGUUCCAGAAGAUACAUAUAUUUGCAGACUUUUACAAUGUAGACUUGGAAUUUCUUUUCGUUAGCCGAAAAAGUUGUAGAACUAGAAAACAAUGUUGUGAUAAUGUGCUCUUUGCAAAACGGGAUCGGAUCACUGAAGCCUUAUGACUACUUGCUUAAGUUUCUGCUAGUAGGGGACAGUGAUGUUGGAAAAGAAGAGCUGCUUAGUGGAAUGGAGGAUGGGGCCACAGAGUCCCCAUACCCCAGUACUGACGGCAUUGACUACAAAACAACCACCAUUUUGCUAGAUGGGAAAAGGGUGAAACUACAAUUGUGGGAUACAUCGGGACAGGGGCGAUUUUGUACUAUAUUUAGAUCCUAUUCAAGGGGAGCUCAGGGCAUUCUUCUAGUUUAUGACAUUACAAAUAAAUGGUCCUUUGAUGGAAUAGCCAGAUGGAUCAAAGAAAUUGAUGAGCAUGCACCAGGUGUUCCCAAAAUCUUGGUGGGAAAUCGUCUUCAUAUGGCGUACAAGCGACAAGUCAGUGAGCAGAUGGCUGAGUCCUAUGCACUGAAGAACGACAUGGCCUUCUUUGAAGUCAGUCCACUGUGUGACUUCAACGUGACGGAAUCGUUCGCAGAAUUAUCCAGAGUGGCAUUAAAACGCAAUGGAAUGAGAAGGACAUGGGGCACUGAUAAAGUCCUGACACUGAAGGAGAUAGCCUGCAGGUGUAUAGUGGCCAACACUACAAUAUACGGAAUAGACCGGCUUCCUUUACCUCACUCAUUGACUUCUCACCUCAAAUCUUAUGCAUUGACAAAUAAAACCCGAGUUCGAAUGCAGAGUUUUGUUCACCGAAAAAUCAAAUAUCUCAACCCCACGGAUACCCCACCCGCGCACUGUCGACAGAGUUGUAUCAUCAGCUAGCGAUGGUGGAAUGGCUGCAGGCCGCUGCACACUUCUUCCACGUUGAUCUGCAUUGGUUUUCAGAGCAUCUAUUGAAUAACUCGACACAGAAGCUUACGAUUUUUGUUGUAUUUUUGGAUUCUGAUUUUCAGUGGCAUUAAUGGAUAGUUUAUGUUUGCUUCAUAAUAUGAAACAUGCAUAUUAAUUUUUUCUCGUAUUUUUCUCACUUUCACAUGUAGUCAUUAUUUAAAGGUUAUUUAAGGGUGUUUAACAUUCCAAGACCUGUGAUAAAUAUCUUUAGGCUCCUGAAACAAAACUUUUUUCUCCUUUGUUUGCAAUGUGUUGUGGUGUCAAAUAUACAUGUAUGCUGCUUUGUAAACUAUUAUAUAUACUAGAUUGCUUUAAAUGUUAGGAUUUUUUUUUUCCUCAAUUUAAGUAUGAAAAAAGAAUUGUUUGUUUGUUUAGAAAGCUUGAAACUUUCAUGUGUUAAAAUGAAUGAGAAUAUGCCUUGUGUAAAGUGCUAGUCAAUGCCAGUGUCACAGUUUGGUGUGUGUUUGUGAGGACUGUGAUUUGUGUUCUAGAAUUUUUGUCCAUUGUAAAGUAUUAUUGUAGUGAUCUCCAGAUUUCCUUUUCAUGAUUUUGUUGAGUUCAUGCUAGUAGACUGUACACUUUGGAAACCACAAAGUCAGCUGGAGUGAAUCAAGUAGUUUACAAUUGUAGGGAAAGAAAAAAAAAUGCUUUUGGUGUAUCUUCUUUUUGUUCAGUACCUCUAUCUUGUAUGAUAUGUAUAAUUCUGUAAGUGUUGUAAAAAUAUAAAAUA